AUGGCUACCUCAGACUUAGAUCAGCUCAUCGAGAUGGGCUUCGAUAAGGAGCGCGCCGAGUUGGCGGUGAAGAAGAGUGGCGGACUCCAAGGAGCUCUCGAAUGGCUGGAACAAAAUCAGGACAAAUCGCUCGAAGAAAUAAAGGCGGCAAGUGCAGGAGCCGACGACGACGAAGAGGGGCCCGCACUCCAACCUGGCGAAGAGGCCCGCAGCUUGCUCUGCAAUGAAUGCGGGAAGAAAUUCCGAAGCCAGGCACAGGCCGAGUUUCACGCUUCAAAAACUGAACAUGUUGAUUUUGCCGAGUCGACGGAAGAGGUUGCGCCACUGACCGAAGAGGAAAAGAAGGCCAGACUUCAGGAGCUCAGGGAGAAGCUGGCAGUCAAACGCGCGGGCCAGUCAGAGCAGGACAAGGUUGACAAGAAGCGAAAUGAGGAAAUUCGAAGAAAGGCCACCAAGGAAUCUCAGGAUGCCAAGGAGGAGCUCGAGAAAAAGCAGAGAAUGAAAGAGGCGGCCAAAAAGAAGCAGGAGAAACAGGACGAAAUCGAAGCUAAGCGUCGUGUCAAGGCCAAGAUUGAGGCGGAUAAGGAGGAGCGCCGACUAAGAGUCGAGCGUGAAAAGGCUGAGCGUGCUGGAGUUGCGCCUCCUAGUCAACCGGCCGCUGCACCAGCACCAACAACCUCAGGUCCUGUCGCAUCUAAACCGGCCUCUGCUUAUACAGAAGCUCGUCUCAGAUUCCAGACGCCGAAGGGAAAUGUCAUGAAGACAUUGCCGGUUGAAACUACACUAUUCGAAGUGGCCGCGGCUUUGAAGUCAGAGGACGGUAUUGAUGUGUCCAGUUUCCGACAGAACUUUCCUAGAAAGGUGUUUAAUUCUGAAUUCUUCGGCGAGUCUCUUAAGGACCUUGGACUCGUACCUAGUGCUAGUCUUGUUGUCGAGUGA